AAAGGUGGUAAGAACAGAAGAAGAGGAAAGAACGACAACGGUGGUCAAAAGAGAGAAUUGAUCUUGAAGGAAGAGGGCCAAGAAUACGGCCAGAUCACCAAGAUGUUGGGUAACGGUAGAGUCGAGGUCAGCUGUUUCGACACCGUGAGAAGAUUGGGACACAUCAGAGGCAAGUUGAGAAAGAAGGUGUGGAUGGGCCAAGGUGACAUCAUCUUGGUGUGUUUGAGAGACUUCGAGGACGAGAAGUGUGAUGUUGUUCACAAGUUCAACUCUGACGAAGCCAGAACCUUGAAGAACAUGGGCGAGUUGCCUGAAAACGCCAAGAUCAACGAAACCGAUACCUUUGGCGGAGACGAGGAAGACGAUGUCAACUUCGAGUUCGGUGCUGAAGACGACAGCGAGGACGAGGACGACGACUUGGACAUUGAUGAUAUUUAA